GGCUGACAUCGCUUCCGGCAGCUGAGCGGAGCGGGAUGAGGAGCGCUGCGGCAGUUGCAGUGGCAGAGGCGGCGACAGCGGCAGCGGCAGGUCGUUACGAACUGCUGCCGUCGGAGGACGAGGAAGAUGAGCAGGAGGGACGAAGGAGAGGGCGGCGGCGAAAGCAGCGGCGAGGGUCAAGUUUGGAUCGCAAGUCCAAGCGACGGCGCAAGGAGGAGGGAGCAAGGCGGAAGAGUCGCAAGCAGCACGAGUCUAGGAGGAGAAGCCGCAGCAGGAGCAGGAGUAGAAGCGUGGACAGGCGUCGCAGGAGCAGUGCCGUCAGCAGCGGUAGCAGCGAGGAGGAAGAGGGCAGUCGGAGACACAGGCAUGGGAGGGGCUCCCGGGGACAUCGUAGCCGCAGGCGAGGGAGGUCUCCUAGCUCAAGCGACAGCCCCAGCCGGAACCGCAGCAGCAGCCCUAGCAGCAGCAGGAGCCGAGGCGUGUCGUCAAGGGGCGGCUCCAGUAGCGGAACGAGCAGCAGCAGCGACGACGGCAGCCGUGAUGCUCGCCGCAGCCGCAAGCACCAGCACGGGAAGCGGCGGCGGCGGCGGCACUCCAGUCGCCAGGGGCACAGCAGCGAUCGCAGCCGCCGCCACCGCCAUCGGUCAUCACGGGUGUCAGCAGCCAGGGCCUUGGGUCCUGACCCUUCAGACAACGACCGAGGGUCGGAUUCGAGUGUAGACCUGGAUGAGUUGCAUGAAAUGGAUCCGCUAACGCUGAUGCAUGCCAAGGCUGCCGGGGGUAGCGCUGCGGCAGGAGUGGGCCGCGGAGGCCAAGGUGGCGCAGGAAGGGAUGCUGACCGGGGCGCCAUUGCCGCAGCCACUGCUGCAGCCAUGAGCAGGGAGGUGGUGUGGCGCGUACGGCUGGCGCCGGUUGAGGAGGGCGGGAGGUCGGCAGCGGCUGCUUCAGGGGAAGUUGAGUUGGUUGGCGGUUGUGAUGAUGUUGCGGACCUGCUGGCGGCGGUUGCAUGCAAGCAUUGGGCGGCGUCGCUGCUGGCACGCCGAAGGGGGAAGUGACGGGCCAGUGGGUGGCAGGGACAAGGCUGGGUACGGCAGUGGGCGCCCUAGGGAGCACUAGCUCCUAGCGUGUGCCAGACACAGAUGGCCUAGAUAGGUGACCAGGCAAACGCU